AUGGAAAAAUUGACAACAACGUCCCCUCCGCGGUCGCCCCAGGAAGAUCGGAGUCCGUCGCAGUCGCCAAAGAAGACGUCGCUCUUCACGAGCAGUUCCGGCGCGGCGCUGUCGUUGCCCCCCAAGAAGAAGGACAUCUACCGGCCGUACUCGCUGGACGACAGGCCGAGGAACUACGAGAUGCGGAUCCCGGCGGAAGAGGACCUGCAUGCGGCGCACGCGAUUCUGGACUUGAGUGCUUCGACGGCCUUUCUGCCGCCGCCGGCGCCACAUCAGCUGCUGCAGCACCAUCACCAGCAGCAGGUUGUGGUGGAGGACCGGGGUCAGCAUACGGUGCCCAGUUCGUUGGGUUCGCCCGAGCAGAACGAGAACAAAAACAGCACAAACACGCUGGAGGAUGGCGGGUCUAGCAAGACGGUCGCGUACACGUACGAGGCGUUCUUCGUGAGUGACGGCAGGUCGAAGAAGAAGGUGGCGGAUCCGAAGACGGUGCUGGAGACCAAGGCCAAGUACACGUGCACGGAGUGCGGCAAGCAGUACGCGACCUCGAGCAAUCUGUCGCGGCAUAAGCAGACGCACCGAAGUCUGGACUCGCAGUCGGCGAAGAAGUGCAUGACCUGCGGGAAGGCGUACGUCUCGAUGCCGGCACUGGCGAUGCACGUCCUGACGCACAAACUGUCGCACAGCUGUGGAGUCUGCGGCAAGCUGUUCUCGCGACCUUGGCUGCUGCAAGGUCAUCUGAGGUCACACACCGGCGAGAAACCGUACGGAUGUGCCCACUGCGGCAAGGCCUUCGCCGACCGGUCAAACCUGCGAGCCCACAUGCAGACGCACUCCAUCGACAAGAACUACCAGUGCCAGCGGUGUCACAAGACGUUCGCCCUCAAGUCGUACCUCAACAAGCACCUGGAGUCCGCCUGCUUCAAAGACGACGGAGUGUUGCCCCCGAACGGGUGCAUGAGUCCGCUCGGGUCGUGCUCGGACAACAGCAUGGACAUCGACAUCGAGAACAAUAACAACGUCAAGCUCGAGCUGACCGGCAGUCCGCACAAGCUGGUCAUGAAGAAGGAGCACAACAACAACGAGGAAGCUUUAAAUCAAAACUUUGCCACGCUGGCGGCGGCCGCUGCCAGUGCGAGUGCCGCAACCAGCAACAUACUCGUGAUGAAGAACGGAAACCUGCUGACCACGAUGGCGAACCCGUCGGCCGCGGCGGCCGUCCUGCUGGCGUCCUCCAGCCAUCCGGUGCACAUCAACGUCAACUUCAGCGGGUAACCGCUGGUGGAUGCGGCCGCCUCGCUGGCCGCCCCCAAGGCGUACCGAAUCAUUUUAAACUGAAGCCCUAACCUAAUCGCUUAAGGUAGUAGUUUUGAAGUUCUUCUUUCUCAAACUUUCCUAGUAGAGAGUGCAGGGGAAACCGCACUGCGAUAAUCAGUUGACUCGAGUACCCCUCGGCAACGUCAAAUCUGACAGCUUGUAAUCACCCGAGGGGUGAGUCAACUGCCGGUCAAAAAGCGGUGCCGUUUGUAAGUAGUUUCCGUUUCAUUUACUCUUAUUAACUCUGAGCAAACGCGUCAAGGUCGCCCUCAUUAAACCUUUACAUAUACUGCAUCUAGCGACAUCCAACCUGUAAACAAACAAGUAUUUACACGAAAACAAACGCAUUAUACAAUUUUAUCCAAAAACGUUUUAAAAAAGGCAACCCAGCAAGCAAUCCCUGAUAGCAAUUCGGUUCAAUUAGUCAAAAGACACGUUUCAAUUAGCGCGCUGACGCGCAAAUCGGACGGCCCCCGUCCCCCGCUGUAAAACACCACUAUUAUUAUUAUUGAACAACAACAAACACACUUAACACAAACACCUGAAAUGCUAAUCAAAGAACAAAGCAGUAGGCCGCCCAACCAACCUUAAUUACCAAGCUUCAAACUCGUUACAUUGCGUUCGUUCCCGCUGGCGACCCCUCGGCCGCUUCUGACGUUUGACUCCUUAUCGAGCUCGCGCGCGGUUAUCAGAGCCACUCUGGAAUGUCAAAUGUCGUCGACACACAGGAAGACAAAAGUAUUUUGUACUACGGGGGGCACUUUGUUAGUCCUGCCAGCAGCGCCCUUAUCGGUGGCAAUGGAUCAGGAAAUGUCACCCCCCAACGGUGGCGUCCCCGACCGGAGGGAGUCAAAAAAUGAAGAAAUAAAUAUCACCGGCAGCGGGUACUGAUAAGUGGAGUCACGCCACGAGAAGGUCUCCUGCGGUGUGACAGGUCUUCAUUUUCGUCGUCUUAUCGGGACGGUUUUUCGGUGGGGUGGAGUGGAAUUUUGGAAGUAGGCUGUGGGAUUUUUAUGGCGACGCCAUUAUGGCGCGACGCGAACAAGUGUCAAAAGCGCAGUGAUGCCAGUUCGUUUCGGCCGCAAAAAUCUCCAAACAAACUCCGGAAGGCAAAAAAAUCCCUCCUACAAGCAAUUUUACCCAUUAAUCAUUCCCUUUUCGAACGUUCCAUCCGGUCCGUUCCGUCGCGAUGCUGGUCCCGACCCCCUCGGGCAGGAACUAUUUAUUAGUAUUUAUUCAAUUAUUUAUUCAUCGCCGCUGUUUCGCCCCUUGUUCUGACGAGGGGCGCCUAAGUAGCCCGUGUCGUUUGCUAGUUAUCGUUAUCUCACGAUCACCCCCACGGACCGUGGUCAGUGCACGGAAGAAAAUCACUUUUGACAGGUUAAUUUGGUGAAACAUUUCAACGAAAGAGGUUUGAAACAUUUCCACAGACAAGAUGGUGUGGUGGUGGUGCAAAACUGAAGCUAAACGAAAUCAUGAAAACGUCCAAACAACUAAGGUAAACAAACACAAUUUUAAGCAAAUUCAAGUAUUAGUCACCCUUAGGAAGUGAUGCCAAAGGCGUCGCAGGAGGGAAAAAUGUUUUAAAAACAAACCAAAAGUUUUCGUUAUCAAAAUGUAAACAACCCAAAAAGGAAAAGUUACAAUCUCGUUCUGUUUGCCCCCAGUGGUUUUUCGAAAAACAACAAAAAACACAAAAAAGUCUGUAACAUAGUAGAAACAAACCAGUAAGCAGCUCUAGGCAGGUUAAGGGUCUCUUUUUAGGACAAUUAGUGCGUAAGAGGAAUGACAUGCAAAGGCAAAUACUUAUAUUGUUAAUAUUGGUUACGCGAGACGAGAGAAACCGUAAGUUAGUGAAAGAGAUAAUAAUUUUAGCGUGCGUAAGGUUAAACAAAACAUUGAAAAAUCUAGUCUUCACCUAGUCCUAGGCGAUCGCAGCUCCCCGCGGGGAGCCGAAUCGUUGAAAACAACAGGAAACCCCCCAUAAAACUCAUUCAUACUUUGAAACUUCUUCUAGUUCUGUAGUCUGUAAGCUGUAAACUUUCGACCUACUCGAAAAGUGCUGCUGUAAAAUUUCAACCUUCACGCAAACCCUUCAAUCUGGCAACCCUGUGAACUGUCAAAAGCAAUACGUAACAACAGAGUCAUGAAAUAUUUCAAAAACCACCCAUCAAAGUCACAAAAACAACGAAUCCGUUCGCGCAGCAACUGACGGGUAGGUGCGAACAAACGAAUUAUAACCUAGAAAACAAAACUAACAUAAACCCAAAACUCAAGCAACGAAAGUUCUGAACGAAAAGCAACGUUUCUCAAACAACGAAUUAGGCCGUAAGUAAAACAAUUGUACUUUCUUCUAGGUUUUCCCCUUCUUUGUCUCACUCGUUUUCUUUUUUCCUGUACAUAGUGAUCUCACCUUGACGGUUCUGUCAGCUGUCAGUUUUGGUUUAAAUUUUGCGAAAAUGGCGCAGCGCCGCCAUUUUGAAGCAAAACAAAGAAUAAGCUGCAAAUUAAGAAAGAAAAAAACGCUUCUUUAGAUGUUGAUUGAGUACUGGAAACUGCAAUUUUACAACGCGUAAUCAAACUAAACAGAGUUCUGAAAAAAUAUAUACAGUAGCAGAGAGGAGAUGGUAGAUCUCGUAGCCUUAGAUUUUAUAAACAACAAGCAAGCAAAACCAAAAGGACGCUUUCCAAACCAUGUAAAUACGCAGCUGUCACUCAAAAUAGCUUCAAAGCGGGAAAUUAAUUUGUCAAAUCAAUCAUCUUCAUUUUGGUUGGUCAAGUGGGGUGCCGGACCCUCCCGGAUAAUGAAUUAUCUUCUCACCAAACCCCCCGACGACGACGGGGGUUGACAGGUGUCAGAGCCGGGGUCCUUCCUCGGCGGUAAUCAAGUGCAAGAUAAAGCAACCCAAAUUGACACUUUUCGAAAGAGUUGAGUGAGUGAGUGAGCGAGCGAGAGUUGUUUUGAGGUUAGGUUUAAGGAUCUUCUUUAUUUUCUUCGCUUGCCUUCGUCUUCUUCCUUCUUCUUUUCGUCAUUUCUUUCCAAGACCCCCUUCAGAAAAAAGCAAUCGACGACGACGACGUGCUGAUGUGGACGCGGAGAUGUGGGUAACACGUGCAAUAGGAUUUGAACCUGGGGAUUUGGUGGGGCUGGUUGGCCGCACUUGCGGCUUCCGGCCGCCUUUUCCCACGGGUGGAGUGGUUAAUGUGAGCAGAGUGUGGAAAUUAGAGGUUAAGUUUCGAGCUAAAUGGUUUGUUUUUAUUCUGACGAUUGAAAUAUUUCAUUUUCUGAUUGUGAACGCAUAAGUUAAACGAAAUAUUUCAAGCGCCUUUAUCCAGGUUUUUAAGCGAAGAUGGCGUUCGAAUGUUGAACGUCAGAAAUGUCAAAAUCGCGCAGUAGCACCAUCAUUAGAAAAAAAUGUGGCUGUCAUGUCAUUGCACACUUUUUCCGUAAUGUUGGUACCACUGAGUGAUUUUGACAUUUCUGGCGUUCACCAUUCGAACGCCAUUUUUGCUUAAAAAGCUGGAUAAAAUAAGUCGCUUUUCCUUCUUCAAUGGUUGAUGAAUGAUUGAUGAAACAUUUCAUCAGUAAAUAUUGACACAUGUUGGUUCGACAUCUGACACAACACAGUCAAAUUUCGUCAAACUUUUGAACCAUUUUGUUAAACUGAGGGCUUUUGUUAAUUUGAUUUGGUUAACCGCGGUGGAUUUUCUUGAAAUAAUUCGAACUGUCAAAAAUCCACCAAAGCAUCUACCGGUGGAUACUUUUCUACCACAGAUUUUUGUGCGAUCAAUGUGGUAGAUGCUUUGGUGGAUUUUUGACAGUUCGAAAUCUUUCAAGAAAAUCCACUGCGGUUAACCAAAUCAAAUUAACAAAAGCCCUCUGGUUUCGGUAGAUCCGUGAAAGAUUUUCUUGAUUUUUUUGAAAUGUUUCAUUUACAUCGAACUGUCAAAAUCUACCAAAUCAGCACAAUGAUUACACACAAAUCUGUGGAAGAUGGUAUUUACUGGUAUUUACAGCGAUCAAUUUUUGACAGUUCGACACCAACGAAAUAUUUCAAGGAAAUCUGCCGCGGUAAAUCAGAAUCACUUCAACAAUACAACUCAAUUAAAAAAUUCAAAUUUGAUGAAAAAUUUCAUUAUUUUUUCUCAAACGAUGAAGAAGGGAAGCGACAAUAGUUAAGGCUUGGUUGCACUGAAUUAGUUUUUAAUGCUAAAUAAGUGCAUCAAGUCAGCUAAAAUGAGCUUUUUUCAAUGCAUUGUAUAGUCAAUUUGAGCAUUUCGUUUCUUCGGAUGCGUGAGAUCCCUACUGAUGGUUCCGGAGGUUCCCGGAAACGGGUCCCGACGACCAUCGACAGUCAAUUCUAAUUUAAUCUCUCAUCAUGACGCAAUUAUUUAUCCAUCCAGACGUUGGGAAAUAUACGAGAGCUUUAGUCCACUAUGUAAUCGAGCAAUUAGUAGCCCAUCCUCAUACAGAAACCCAUAUAUUUAUCUAUACUAAACAAAAAACCCAUAACCUACAAACACUAUAUAACUUUCGGUAAACAAACCCUUGUUAAUUAUUACCCCCUAUUCUCAGCAGUAGAGUUAACUACGAAAUCUCCCGCGGGAUCCCAACCUGCCCUUAAGCCGGACCAGUGUUGGCAGAUUCCCGCGGGCAGAGAUCCUUUCUCGAGUAAAUUAAUUCAAUUCGCUAACGUAAGGCCAUUUGCAACACGAUUGUAAAGAAACGGAGUGUGCUCUAGUCAAACAAGAAAAAACUAACCUUAAACAAAGUAUAGUCUGUAAACAUUUCCAAAACAAAAAAGAUUCGCGAGAGGCUUUUCAACGAUCUCAAUUUAGUUAAGGUGAAGGCGCCCCUCUCUUUCUCUCAGGAUCGUUAGGGUUCAAAAUGGCGUCGCCGGCUGGAAACGUCAAGCAAAAAACAAAAACAAUGUACAUAGCAAGGCCCCAUACAGUAGAACGAAAACCAAAAAUUAGCCCAACCUAGUUAAGCGAGCAGCCUCCGGGAGACUGCGUCCAGUAGUGGUAGUGUAUUGUUUACAUUUUUUGUAAUCCCCUUACCUAAUUUUGACAAGUAGUUUUCAAAAUAAACUUGAAGCGUAGCGAAAUUUACUAAAUGAAAAAGGGCAGCAAAAGGAUAAAACUUCAAAAGUGUAGCCGCUAUUUCCCUUUUAAAUUUUAAAACUCUCCUAGUAAGGUUCGUUUCAUAUACUCAACUAUUUAUAAAUUAUUUAUUUAUUUAAAUUAUUGAAACCCCCUAAGCUAAGAAAAGCGUAACUUUUAGCCAGUACUGAAUCAUAUACUCAUUGAUUUGAUCAUUUUACUCUAAUAAAAAAAUGAAAUGAAAAAGCAAUUAGUCACUAGCGAACAGCAGAGCAAUUGUAAAUAAGCAAUAUAUUACACAAAGAGAUGCAAACAUGACACAAGUUUUAAUGACAAGCAGCAAUUAAUACUUUUAAAAACGGUAACCAACACUCAACAACAACAAAUGAGAGAAUGGAAGAAAAAAAACUUACACACACAACCCAUAACAAGUAAAGUUUAGUAGUGAGCAAUAUAUAUAUAUAUUUAAAAAAGACGCGAUCAAAACGGCCGAUUGCACCAAGCAAAAAAGUCAUAUUUUUAUAAAACAAGCGAGACAGAAGUGAAAACAAAAACAAAACAACAAAAAAAUAUGAGACAAACAAGACGACGCGCUUGAAAUAUUUCACGACCCCUCAAAAAGUCGGAGUGAAAUGUUUCGCAAAACAACCCAGUGACAAGCGGAAACAAUGAAUGAAAAUGCAUACAGUACUUAUUGAUUAAAAUUGAUGAUAUUAUACAAUAAAAGGAAACAAGAAAAAAACCUAUUAUUUAAGAGUAGUGAACCGCAAAAAAAAAAACAUUCAGAAGAAGAAAAACUAUUAUUAUAUUAUUAUU